AUUCUAUCCUCACUGCCUUCUCUCUAUAUAAAGUCUUCGGUGUCUUCGUGUUGCAACCACAAAGCACUCACUUUUUUCCUAGUUUCUUUAUACAAUCUGCUUAGAGAAUGGCAACCCAAUGCCUUUCUGCUAAUAAUGAGAAAGUUAGAGAAGAGAAGAGAGUAGCUGAGCCAAAGGAUGAGGUGGCAGUUGAGGUUGAACCCAAGAGUGGGAUUUCCUUUCAGGUUAAACUAGAUGAUGGAAAGCAGUUGGGUUGUGCUGGUUUGAGGAGGAAGCAUGCUCUUGGCAUGAAUCUCAAGAUUUAUGGCUUUGGGAUAUAUGCAGAUAGUGAGAAACUGAAGGAUCUUCUGAAGUCAAAGAUUGGGGAAGCCCCACCAAAACCCACAGAGGAAAUGUUCCAGUUGGUAAUCGACAGUGAUGUCGGCUUGGUGGUGAGAUUGGUGAUGAUAUUUCCUGGCCUUAACAUGAGUAUGUUUAAAAAGAACCGUGAUGAUCGUCUUGUAGCAUCCAUAAAAAAACUAGAUGGUGACAACAAGAAUGAGGAGCUCGCAGACAAGGUCUUGGGUCAAGCAUCCGGCAGCAUUAAGCUACCAACCGGUUCUGGGAUGGAGAUUUUUCGGCUUCCAGGAUAUAUUAUCCAAGCAAAAGUGCUGGGUGAAGUAGUGAGCCAGGCUGAGGGUGAACUUCUGUGCAGGGCCUACGUACACAUGUUUCUGGGAGAUGAUCCCCUUGACAAAGAUGCCAAAGAAAAAUUUGGAACGUAUCUGCUUUCUCUCUUCUAAUCACACACUAAACUAAGGUUUAGUGAAUAAGGUUUACCUACUAGUGGGCUCUUUGGAGACACCAGAUGAAAUUUAGAUCCCUAUUGAGUGAGAAAUUGCUCAAUAAUAUGUAUGAUAAUGAGAAUGUGUUCUGGAUUCUAAUAUAGGAUCCAUCUGUCGUAAAUGGAACUUGCUGGUUUAUUUAGAGAUUA